AAGGAUAGAUUUGACGUUUCUAACAAGCAAACCAAAUUUGCUAGUUUAACUGUGGAAUUUUACGAACUCAGAGAAUGCCCCGCCGAGGAAAGUCAGCUUCUCCACCUCCGCCACAGCGGAGAUCUUCACCGAGUGUUCCGAGAAUCCAGCAGCCACCACCAGUGAGACCCUCUACAACUGCGGUUCCGACCAUUCGUAAUCAAUUGAAGAGGACCCAAACAGUUGCUCCUAAUCAAAGUCCCGGAUUGAUGGCACAGACGGCGGCAACCGCUGGCGGUGUUGCGAUCGGAUCCGUCGUCGGUCAUGCUCUGACCGACAUGAUGAGUGGAUCGGACUCGAGUGCAGCUACGGCUUUGGAUGGGAAAGAAAUUACUCCGGAAACCAGUAACACAGAAGCAAGCGGCGCAGGGCCAUGUACUAUCGAGACGGAACAGUUCCUUUCCUGUGCUCAAGGACAGACCGAUUUGGCGCUUUGCGAAGGAUUUAACGAGGCACUUCAGCAGUGCAAGAAACAGAAUAAACUGUAGCAAACAGGAACAGGAUAAAAUUUCUAAUAAAUAAAAU